ACUCUCUGCCCCUUCAUCAUUCUGCGGAAGUAGAAAAAUCAUGAAAAGCCAGAUAUCUUUCAGUGAUGAAGAAGAGUUUGUUUCCUCAAAAAUGGUGUGCUGUUGGUGGAGAUCAGCAGCGAGAUUCGAAGAAUUUGUCAAGCAGAAGCUUGAACCGCCUGGCAUUUCAGGGCUCACACCUAGAACUAGAGUUCUGAGAGAGAUGGAGAGAUUGGCUCUGAUUGCUGAUGAUGGUUUGAACGAGGUUCGGCACAAGCUUGUUGGGUAUGCUUCAGGUGAUUUUUGGGUACCCAUUGGAGGAAUCAGAAAGGAAGACACGGACAUUCCACCUGUGAACACUAUUCUCUUGGUGGGUUUCAGAGGUUCUGGCAAGAGCUCGCUUGUGAACCUCAUGUACAGUGUCCUUGGCCGCUCUGGUCUAGUACCCUUCUCCCAAACGUCUUCAGGAAGUGCUUCCAAUUACACAACAAUGUACUUGGAAGAGCACAAUGUGAUGAGGUCAAUACGAUAUGGGUUUUGUGUAUAUGAUUCAAGGGGGUUUGAUUAUGGUAAUCUGGAAGAGGCUAUGGAGGAACUGUCUAGUUGGAUGCAUGAUGGGGUUUACCAUAACCAGUUAUGCUUGAGGUCAGGAGAUGAGGAAUUGAUGAAAGAUGAUGAAGAAAUCGUUAAUUUGAGAUCGUCUUCAAAGUUCGUGGUAAGGAGAGUGAAUUGUGUAAUGGUGGUGGCUAACAUGGCUGAGAUUUAUAAAGCCUUGAAAGCUGGUGAUUCCAAGCCUUUGGAGGCCACCAGAGAACUCUUCUGCUCCCGUGCUCUCAGAAUGUGCAAUGAGAAACCAAUAUUGAUUCUGACACAUGGAGACAUGUUGACAACAGAGGAGAGGAUUGAUGGCAGGCUCAAAAUAUGCAAACGUUUGGACAUAUCAGAGACAAAUGGAGUGUAUGACAUAGUCUGCCUCACAGAGUAUGGGUUUCUUGCUGAAGAAUCAGACCCAAUUACAGCUUUUGCUUUAGCUGAAGCUGUAUACAGGGCAUUGCUCAUCUCGGACAGAGACCAUUUCCCAAAGAAAAACAUCAUUGACUGGGUUGGGCUUGUCUUUUCAUGUCUAAUGUGCUGUAUGGCUGCUCUCUUUGCAUUUCUUGCUGAUUUGUGCUCCAAAUACAGACCGAGGGAUGGAUUGAAGAAGCGAUUGUGAAGAUUGAAGAAUAACAGAUGAACACUACUUCAAUGGUUCACUUGUAGGCUGUAGUACUAACGUUGAUAUGUAACUUUAGUGUAUUGACUAUUGAGAACACCACAUCAUAGGACAUUAGUGGGCUUGGCUACUCUUAGCAGAACUUUUGGUGGGGUGACUUUAGGCUCGGUUUAACAUUCUUGCGGGACUUGCAAAUAAUUGUAAAAGGUUUUAAGUACUCAGAGUCUCUUGUGAGUAUUGAUAGGACUUGUAAUAAUUGUUGAAGGUUUUAAGUACUCAGAGUCUCUUGUGAGUAUUGAUUGAA